CGAUGACUUGAAUGUUCCGCCCACCACGCCUAGCUGCUAGACCUCGCCAACCUUCUCUGCAAGCCGACGACUUGAUUCGUUAUGGCCACCAAAGAUGUGAUCGAGGCGGCGAGCAGCACAGGUACUGCGCGGAAUGGCCUACCGGCAGGUUGCCGUCUAGCAGAACUGGUCCAGUACGACUGCGCGCUCAAAGGUGAGCAGGUGGUGUGCAAGCCCAUCGAGCGCAUCUUUAAAGUGUG